CAACCCCCAAGAACUUAGCGGCGGCGGCGGCGGCACCACCCCCCAAGCACCCAGCAGCUGCAGCCCAUCAUCCCGAGGCCGAGCCAGAGCGAUUGUGCUCCGCGAGAGAAAGGAGCGGGCUUGCUUGGCUGGGGAGGGAGCGGAGAAGCGCCAGACAUGCCGGUGCCCAAGUCGACCGUCUUCUGGGGCUUCCUGGUCCUGUCCCUGGAGUUGUGCGCGGGCGAGCCGAGCGAGAAGGCGCCCACGGAGGGCGUCCCCCUGGUGACAGAAGCCGAGGACCAGAGCUGCCCGGUGUGUCUUUGGCGCAAGCACAGCAAAGAGAUGAGGCUGGAGAGCAUCAAGUCGCAGAUCCUCAGCAAGCUGAGGCUCAAAGAGGCGCCCAACAUCACCCGCGAGGUGGUCAACCAGCUGCUGCCCAAAGCCCCGCCGCUGCAGCAGAUCCUGGACUUGCACGACUUCCAGGGGGACUCCUUCCAGCACGACGACUACCUGGAGGAGGACGAGUACCACGCCACCACCGAGACUGUCAUCAGCAUGGCUCAAGAAACGGAUCCAGUGGUACAGAUCGAAGGCAAUCCACACUGUUGCUUCUUCAACUUCAGCCCCAAAAUUAUGUUCACCAAGGUAGUAAAGGCACAGCUUUGGGUGUACCUACGGCCUGUUCAACACACAUCCACAGUUUAUCUACAGAUCCUGCGUCUUAAGCCUGUAACAGAGGAUGGGAGCCGACACAUCCGUAUCCGCUCACUCAAGAUUGACCUGAAUUCACGCAUUGGCCACUGGCAGAGCAUUGAUUUCAAGCACGUGCUCCAGAACUGGUUCAAGCAGCCUCAGAACAACUGGGGUAUUGAGAUCAACGCUUUUGAUCCCAAUGGCAAUGACCUGGCUGUGACUUCUCUUGGGCCUGGUGCUGAAGGCCUGCACCCAUUCAUGGAACUGCGUGUGCUGGAGAACAACAAACGGUCCCGAAGGAAUCUAGGCUUAGACUGUGAUGAGCACUCAACUGAGUCCCGCUGCUGCCGUUAUCCCCUGACUGUUGACUUUGAAGCCUUCGGCUGGGAUUGGAUAAUUGCCCCAAAGCGGUACAAAGCCAACUAUUGUUCAGGCCAGUGUGAAUAUAUGUUCAUGCAGAAAUAUCCCCAUACCCACUUGGUACAGCAAGCCAAUCCCCGGGGGUCAGCAGGGCCAUGCUGUACACCCACCAAGAUGUCUCCCAUCAACAUGCUGUAUUUCAAUGACAAACAGCAGAUAAUCUAUGGCAAAAUCCCUGGCAUGGUGGUUGACAGGUGUGGAUGCUCUUAAACCCCCGGCCUGUUCUGUUCCAUUCUUUUUCCUGUCCCACCCAUCCCUCCUCCCCGGAUUCUUGCUUCGAAGAUGCACCCUGACAUUGAUGAAUCCAUUCAUUAGCAUUUUAAAACACGUUUGAAGAGAAAGUAAUUGUGGGAAAAGAACAAACUGAACAGAAUUGCAUUGAAAAAUCUCUGAAGUGACAACAUGCGCUGUGCAAUAAUCAAAACAGACAUCGCAUUAAUGGAGAGUGGAUGAGUUGCCUUGGAUCGAUACUUCCAUCCCUGAGGCAGAUCUGAAAUAAGCAUUCUUCUCUCCUCAAGCUCUUUGUUUGACCCAACACUUUUCAAGCUUUACUUUUACUGGCAUUCUCUCUUCCCAACCCCAACCCCCUCUUCCUCUCUUGAUCUGAGACAUGAAAGUGGUGAUAAAGUGAAAAGUCCAUCAGAAAAAAAAGAGAAGCUGUUCAACCUGUUUACAAGAAUGAAAGCUUCUUAGGUUGUGAUAAUGUGGAAUAAAAUGCUGUAUGAAGUUAUAGAAUUAAAUGGGGAACGGGGUUAAAAUGGAUAUUUUAUAUGAAGAUGAAUGAAACCUGUCAGCACGAAGGAUACGUGCCAUCCUGGAUUUGGGGGAAAGGGGGUGGGAGGGAAAAUAUGAUUUAGAAGUUGAGGAUUGCUGAUCCUGCCUGCCUUUUGAGAGACUGAAUCCCUAAAGACACUGGAGGCUCCAAAGAAAUGAAAACUGGAAUUAUUUGGGAUGCUUUUUGCGAGUUGCAUGAUAGCAAGAAAAAGUAAUGAAAUGGAGGCAUAGAUGGGGAGGGGGGGGUUAUGGAGGAAUUAUCUAAGUGGAGGAUAAACUGUUAAUUUUAGCUGCCUUGUAUUCACAUUCAACUCUUUCUUUUCAAUAUCUUCAUAUAUAACCUGAGCAAUCUUUCUCCAAAAGUUAUUAUUCUUCAGCUUCUUCUCUUUUUUUUUUUAGAAAAUUGAGAAACAUUCAAUGAAUUUAAAUUACAUAUUUUCAUCCUCAACCCACUUUUGAGGUAGUGUAAAAAAGACCACAGAAACAGUAUUGUCCAUGUGAGGAUAAAGAAUUUCACCUACAGAACAGAAAUCUCUCCAGGCAGGAUGAAGUUAAGAUAGAAAAUUUAUUUAUUUAUUCCUGGCAAUAGAAUCCUUUUUUUUCCUGUGUCACUUUUGCUUAAUAUUCCAAUGGAAAAAAAUCAUAUAUAUGGAUGUAUAUAUGAUAGGAUUAGUAAUUUUUCUUUAUCAUUUGCAAGACUCAACUACAUCCAUCCAGUUACUCUGGUUAUAUACAAUAUUUUUUUUCCACUGGCUAAUAUUGACAUAUCAAUCCUUGAAUAAUAGGAUGUGUUGCUUUGUACUGUUUCUUUCCCCCCUUCCUAACAUUUAAAACCUUUUUAAAUUAAUUUUAAAUGCACUUAUAUAGAGAUUUAAUUUCCAGCUUUCUUUGAAGUUGUAGUAUGACUUUCUUUCACCUAACCAAACAAUACCAUCCAAUUCUACUUCUUUUUAAAGCAGAAAAAUCCAGGUAACUUAAAGAGAAUUAAAUUAACAGGGAAUGCUUUCCAAAUAGAAUUCUAUUGAACUUGAUGCCAUAGAUUAUGUUAAUUUAACUGAAGUGUUGCUGUUCUGUUUUCAAGAGUUUGUUAAAAGUAGACAGAAGAUAAUUAUCUUUCAACUGGCAAAGCAUUAGCCAAAUAGUGAGAAUACAGUAAUUGUAAACUUCAGGUUUGAAUAACUCAGAUAGGAUUCCAGACAUAGAAGAUAGAAGCUUUUUGUCAAAAUCUCUAGCAAGACAAUUGCAUAGAAUCAAGAUAACAAAUUGCAUCUAAGCACUUGCUGUUUCCUACUAUUAGGAUUAAUUACAUGUCUCAUGAUCCUCAGAAUUAAAGAAGAGGGGGAGGUAAAGGUUAAAUAUUAUUAAGACUCUAAUUAUUUACGUUAGUGAUAAUCAUGGAGUCAAAGUAUCCAAAAGUGGUUUUUCCAGGCAACUGAGUAAUGUUGCAACCUGGACCACAAAUAAGUGAUCCAUUAUUAGAGGUUCUAAUCCAGCAUGUGAACUGGAAAACAAAAUGUUGCUGUUUGACAAUGACCUGUGUCCAGUCAUUCCCUGCUGAUUCUCUAUUUGCACAGGAAACAAAAGUUUAACAAGUUUGGCAUAGGAAAAAUCAUUCCCCCCCCCAAUUGUGGCUAUCAGUAGCCAAAUUAUGAAUGAACUACCAAAAUAUUAUUCUCAAGAUUGAAGCACUUUGGCAGAAGGGAUGGCAUAUCUAACAGACUUUGUAUUUUUUGGAAGGAUCACUUUCUUUUCUUAAGUAGAAGUAAAAAAAAUAUAGGCAAAACAAUGAAUAGCAACUUUGCAAUGAAUCAGCGUUCCCUCUCCUGAUUCAUUGUCACAUUUGGAAUGUAGACCAAUGCCUUUCUAUUUGUGAGGUCAAAGUAAGGAUUGUAUUAAUGCAAGACUUUGCUGUUGCAGUUUUCAUAAUAUUUGUGCAAUGAAAUUGGAAUGAAGACUUUGUAAUUACUUAACUGAAAAAGGAAAUAUGCGACAGGCAAGUGAGAAUUAAAGAGGCCUUUAGUCUUAUGGCAUCAAAUUGGAAAAACACUGGGACUAGACUGCUCAUACCGUUGUGGCGUCUUGAUUUCCCUUUUGCUAUUUUCCUGACAUAUAAAAUCAGGAUUCCUGUUUCUGCAGAGUUCAACUCUUCCUGCUGCUUUAGGGCUUGUUUCUCUACUUUCGGCUUGGGCUGUCUAGGGAGCUGCUGUGUUGUAUGAUGCAACCCUUCAGAAAUGCCUGUCAUAGGUCUGGAACCCAAGUGCUGAGGUGAUGGACCGGAGGGGAGUCUGGCAGGUCUGGCGCCAAGAAUUUAGUCAAGAUUUUCAGCACAAUUUUGAGCCAACCAACUUGCUUGCCAACACAACAGCCGCUCUGUUGUAGUCAAACAGCUAAAAUAUGCCCUUUGAAUUUUUUCUGAAGUCUCUUCCACAGAAGUACUGGUUUUGGAUAAGAUGGGUAUUAAUAAAUGGGGAAGAAGAGUCAACCGAGAUUGACAGGAAGAAAGAUUAUUUUUCUAGUUCUAGCACUUAUUAUAUAUUAAGUUGAGGAUCUCGGCACUCAGCUAGAUUUCUAUAUAGACGACAACUUCGUUUCUUUUGUAGGCAAACUCAUACAGCUUUGAUUUCUCCCUUGAAAGUUCCAGAGUACUAAAGCAGCAAAGAAGGCAUGGAUGGAUUUUUAAUUAAGAAUGUAUAAGGUGAAAUUCUGCCCACAAAAACCAGACUCCCACUUCUAUUCUAUUGAUAGGGAGUUCAACGCUGCUCAAAGUUGAGCAGAAUCUUAGCACUUCUCAUGGGUUAAAUCCUAAAUCUUAAAAGAAGGGAACAGUCGCUUACCCAAGGUGGCACAGAGAACAGACUCUCCUGGCCCUUUCUGAGCUGUACUGCUUUUCCUCCUCUAGCACUUAUAGACUGAAGCGCUUCACUCUUUUUCAAAGCACUCAUCAAACAUGCCUUCUCAGCUUCUUAACACUGACUAAGUUACCCCAACUUAUUAAGCGCAGUGUAAAUGAAAUGGAGAACUUAAAGGAGUAGGGAAUAACAGUUCUGCAACUGGUAGCUUAUGAGGGCAUUUAAAGCUGGAAUACUUAAGUUUUCAAUAGCUUAGAAUCUUUUUUAUUUUUUAAAAGAUGGCUAAUGGGGGGUGGGGGGUGGGUUUACAUAUCUUAGUAUUUGUUACCUGCAUUGAUCAUUGUUUAGUCUGCAUUCUUGUCAUUUAUCAGGCCCAUACAAAAAUGUAGAGUCUUCUUGAGAAACAAAAUUAAAUAGUUUCCUUUGUCAUGUGCUGCCAAAUCCCCACAUUUGAACUACCAGCAGUGUGAAUGACAUGUAUAUGACAGUUUUAACAUUUUAGACAAAGGGAAAAAAUGUGCAUAAAUCUUGAAAUGUGAGAUCUAAAAAAAAUUGGAUCCUAGCAAUCUUUUAUUAUUUGUCUUGGUAUUUUUCUGAAUAUGAAUUCUGAAUAUUUGCUAUUUAGUAAUGUAGAAUAAUACUGAUUUAUUUUUCAAUUCCUGUCCUCCUAUUAUUUUUUUUCCCAUCUUUGUGAAUGAACACAAAAUCUGCAAAUAACUGCUAUUUCAACCCUCCUCUGGAGUAUUAUGCUGCACUGGGAAUCUUAACUAACAAUCCUGCAAACAUAUAAAAUUCUCUCCAUUUUAACUUCUUGUUUUGCAACAUAUAGUCCACCUUUCAGGUCUUAUUCGACUUGGCAUAGAAACAGGCAAUUCAGAGAAAAUGUGAGAGGGCUUUUCUCAAUAAACAUGUUUUAUUAAGAGAUCCUGUACUGCUUUCUCUCUGAAUAGAACAAAGUUCAUGUUGCGUAGCUUGUAAUUCAGGUACUUAUGGUGCUCUGUAAAGAAUUAGUAGCAGAACAGAAAGUACUUUUUUUUUCUUCACUAAGUAAUAAUCCCUACAUAUACCCAGGCACAACUUUUCUCCUUUUAAGUCAAUCCAUAAUAAAAAGAUCAUUAUAUGCUUAAUUUUCUAAAAGUGAUUGAAAAUGUAUAUCUUACAAAAAAAACUUCUUUAUAACUAUCCACCCCAACAAUUUGACAAAUCAAACAUUGCUGAAUGUUUUUUUUUAUUUAAAUGUUUGUGUUGUGCACAUAUGUACAUACUCUCUCUAAAAGGCUAGAAAACCUUAUGUAGAAAUGAAAAAUGAAUGAAUUCCAAAUCUUUAUUCAGUCAAGCAUUUUUCCUCUAAUAUUAUAUCAGCACUGUCAUUCACAAAAGGUGCCUUUUGAUAUUUUACAGACAGGGCACAUAGCACACACAAUCUUGCAUUUUGAUCCCAUGAAAACAACAUUCUAGAUUUCAUAUUUCCUGGCUGACGUUUGAAAGAGUGCAGAUAGCAUUUCCCGACCAUGGAUUUAAGUAGGUUUUUCUACAGUUGGAAAAUAAGUAUAUGAUGUGAAUAGGAGGAAUGUAUCUGAGAUUAAUAAUGCCCAGCUAUGAAACUAUUCACCUUAGAGUUAUUCUGUACAAGCAGAACAAAGGGAUAGGGCUGUGAGGAGUUCAUUUCAAAAUUGAUAGGAAUGCUGGAGUUCUUCUUCAGGAAAUGAAACCAAAAUUCUAGGAAAGGAAUUUAACAACAGUAAAAUUAUGGGAAUAGUAAUGUGCAAAUUUAUUUGAGACAGGGAAUUCAUUAAUCUACCUCUGUACCAUUUGCUUGAGGGAAAUUCUUCCUACUGUAGUAACUUUUCUUACUAUCUAAUAUCUAGUAGGCCUUAGCUUCAACCAUUCACCAUGGCAAAGAACACCUCACCAAGAAGCCCAACAAAACACUCCUUCCUUAACCUUCUCUACAUAUCUUGUGGUGAGAUAGGUGGCAAACGAUUUAAUAAAUAAAUUUAAAAAAAUAAAAUAUUUGUUGAUUCAAGAAGGUGCUGAUUUGUAGCUAUGGUUAUCAGAUUCUUAACUGUGUUCUUCUUUAAGACAGAGAGAUGGCACAAUGCCACAUACAUUAGUAUGCACAAGUCCUUCCUUGCUAAAAACACAGAGGGCAGAUAUGCAUGAGAGGGCUAUUUUUUAAUACCUGUAAUUUCUUGUUGAUUGCUUUGCUAAGCUGCAAGGAUGGAGGACACACACACACACACAACCCAGUCCUGUGAAAACUGAGAUAGCGAUGAUCAAACAGGACCUCUAACAGUAGGAUUUACCGGUACAAAUGAGUAUUUUCCAAUGUCCAAUCAAGAAAAAGUUCUGCCCUAUUUUGUUGGAGCCAGAGAAAAGAGGAUGGAUGUCCUGAACCACAACAACUAAAAAAAUUACCUGAAAGAACUGAAUUACAGUCUUAAGCCAAUUUGUAGAAGUUAGUCACUUGGACUAUUACAAUUCUAAGUAGCUUAUUAAAUACCAAAACAUUCCAUUCUGUUAAUCAGAGGGGACCGUUAAGAAAAGCAUUGAAAGCAAAGGCUUUGCUUUGUCUUAUAGGUAGCACUGUAUUAAACUGUGUACUAAACGUGUUAUGGCUAAUGUGCAUAAUGAUAGAGACAGAAUAUUCUACUUGAAUUUUACAUGCAAAGAUACACAUCAUAACAGAGCAAAUAUAAUUUGCUCUUUCGUCCAUCUAUUAGUAUAAUUUGUUACUGUCUCUUUUGUAAUAGUCCAAAGCCAUUUGGGAUUUUUUUGAGAUGUGCAAAUUGAUCCUUUGAUACAAACCUUGUUAUUUCAGUGGCACUUACUCUCAAUAAGUGUGUUUAGGACUGUAGCCUUAAGAGGCAAUGAUGCAGCCUACACUAUUGUAUAAAAACAACUCUGUAUCUGAAAGUUCAUAAUUUCCUGUUCGAUGCUGACUAAUAUUUAUGGGCCAUGAUAAAUGUAACAGAUUGAAUAGCUGGGUAAGUCUUUCCUGAACUAUGGAUGCUUGCUUUCUGGGAUUUGGGUGGUUUGAUUCCCUGUUUCUUCUACUGCCCAAUGGUGCUAAACUAGAAAGAUAAGAUCCAACUUAACUGCUACUAAAUAGGUCUUUCCAAUGGGAUAUUUUGCUUUGGGUAAUCUGACUCACAAAAGGCAGACAGGCAUAAUUAUUUCUGGAGGUGUGCUUGUAAAUAUCAGACCUACAAGUAUAUUAUUAUUUACUUUGUUUAUAUUAGUGUCCAUAAAUGUCAUAGAAGGAUGUGUGAGCAUAAGUAUUGUGUGAGUGGGUGCAUAUGCCUGUGUAGGUGAGCUGAAGAAAUGAGACUGAAGAUAACAUGGGCUAAGUUUUGUUUAUUUUAAUCACAUGACCAAAAGGCCAUUCACUGGUUAAGAUUGUGUUUAUGUUUGUUUGUUUUAAUGACAUGACCAAACACAGCACUUGAACAUCAAAAAUAAAAAUUUAAAUAUUAAAAAAUAUUAAAAAGAGUUCAGAGCUUUUCACUCCAGUCCAGCACCUGGGACAUACAUAGCUGUCAUUUUAAUCUUUCUAGGCAGAAGCUUAUUGGUUGUGUUAAACAGAAGAGGCUGCCAACUGGGGAAAACUGAGAUUUCAAGGGAAAACUGAUUCUACGACAGCAUAUAGUAAUUUUUGUUGGGAAAAGGUGCGAGGUGGUUUGGGGCCACGGCAGACAUUAUUCAACUGGGACUGUUGUACUUGAUCAGUGAAUUGAUUCACACCUCUUCACCAUCACCCUGACCUGCUGCCUUUUUCUACAAAAUGGAUGCUGCUUCACUUUGGAAGUAAUAGGCAGUCCCAUCAGAACAUAUGGAAGCCUCAGAGACUUUGCAGGAGUGAAGCAAAAAGGCUGGACUUAAAAAUGUUGAAUGUUCACUGUAAAAAUUUCUGUUUUGAGAGACUGCUUUGGGCUAAGGUACCAUUUGCACUAUGGAAGGUUAAAGAAAUUUUUAAGAGAAGAGGAGUUUUCCCUUUUAUAAUACACUCUAGAACUGAAGAGAUACUUUUAUGUCUGUGUUUUCUCUUUUUGUAAAGACAGUGUGUGAGGACUAGUAUGUAUGAAUUUUGAUUAGCUCCCUUUCUGCAGAAGGAAAUUUGCUAUGUAGUUCUGCAAACAUAACAAUCAUAUGUUUUACCUAACUUCCAAGUCAAAAAGUGUUUUGUUACCACUAAACUUAACUUUAAUAGGAUAUAUUUUAGUUCUCCACAGAUUGCAUUUAGGUAAAUCAUGCUAUUACACUUUCUGAAAACCCUAAAUAAUUAAAGAAAUCACCAGUUAAUGUCGAGCUAGGCUUUGCUUCUGCUGGGUUGUCAUGGAUGAGAGACAAGACUAUCAAAUCAUUAGUCUGGAAGAAAGGGCUAAAGCUGACGUUUACAAUAACUAACGGCUCCUAAGUUAUUAGGAAAUCAGGAAUAAAAAAUGCACCCUUUUCCUUUUUUUGCAAUGAUACAUUUAAAAAAAAAAUUCAAUAUACAUCCAGUACUUAGGACGCCUGAAACCUUUUGCACACUUCUUUUACCAACUCUGGUGUAAUUUUAAGUUAAAUUGGUUUAUCUAUGUGUUUCAUCAAAAGAAGAGGGCUUCUCAUUCAUUGGUGUUGUAAGUUUUAAGUGAUAUGUUUAAAGUUUUAAAGAAUUUGCAAAUGAAGGAAAUGAUAAAGGCAUAAGGAUUAUGUGGUUUGAUACCAAUUUAUAUUUUAAAAAAGCACCACAGUCUUAUUAACCUCUUGCUGAUAUUUUGUUAAGUUACAUUUUUUUUAUGAUUCCAACUUAUUGUCACUGUUGAAAAUCUAUUUCUUAAAUGAUUUCAUUGCAUUUAUAAAAUGCACAAAAUUCUUGAUUUCUGUUAAAACUAUGGCCUUAAUUAUGAAAUUAAUAUGAUAAAUGUUAUUCUAGAAAAACUGUUUUCCAGUUUAGCCAGAAAAAGUUCCCAACUAUUAUUCACUUAAAAAAAAUAUGCUAAUUCUGCUCAAUAGGGUUUAUUGAGUAUAAACAUAGGAAUUAAACUGAGAUGGCACUCAUUUAUGAGAAGAUGAGAUCAGAACUGGUAACUCUUAUUUCAUAUAUAUAUAUUAGAAAAAAAAAUAGAAAAAUACUGCCUUGGCUAUUUCUCUUCAAUGUUGUAUAAACUAAAUUUGUUCUGUAACUGGCUCUAGUCUGUUAAGUACAUCAUAAUCAUUGCUUCUGUUCCAAUUUCUCUUUGUCCUUUUAUAGAUUUUUUUGUACAAUAAAUAUAUACAGCAAAAACAUUUUCUUCCUUUAAUGUGUCAAGUUUGGAAUCUUGAGAAUAUAUAACUUGAUGUUCUUGGUUUUGAGUUUCCAAUGUUAAUGAAGAGAUUGGCAUGUUUAUUUCAAUGUGUAACUUAAGGCUUCAGUUCUACUGCUAGGAAGGAAAAAAAAUGUGCUGGAAUAUAAAUUGUUACUGGAUGCUCUUAAUCUCAAAACCAUCUGGAACUACCCAAUCAUAUUUCUUGAGAAGUGAAGAUCAUAUUACAAAGGUAUUGAGUUGCAUAUGAUUAAAUUAAAUUUUAAGAGAAUUUCAAAAUCUUUAUAAUUCCAGUGAUUUGGCUAUUUUUAUCUAUGUCAUUCUUUUCCACUGUAAUAUCAUUCUUUUCUGUUUUAAACAGUUUAAGAAUAGUGUUUCUUGACUUUCAAGAUUCAACUUGCUAUUCAAGCAAAUCUAACGAACUAAAACUUGCCAGAGUUAGAAAUAGGGAUUAAAAAAAAAGAUUCUUUCAAACCAAUCUCAACUUCUAGUGAUUACGUGGGGAUAUUUAUGUAGCUUUCUCAGCAACAAUUUGUAACUGUAUUGAUAAAGCAUUUGGAAUUUGGUAUGGAUUUUUCCUGGCCUAGCACUUACUUGGAGAGAGAGAGAUUUAAUUAUUAGAAAUAGAAAUGGCAUAUAUAAAUUAUUUCCUUUCACAGUAGUCAGGAAUUUCUUGAAGUAGUCAGGGAUCUCUUGAAACAAUCUCUUUAAAAACAAUACUUAGACUAGAAAAUAUUUUCUAACACCUCUCUUCUAAGAAAUUAACAAUAUUUAAACUACUAGAAUAUAUUCUAAAGUAGCUUCCAGUCCUGAAAACUAUUCUUCCCAUGUGUUUUUUCUAGGCUAAGGGUUAAAAACAAGGUUUUAUCAAUGUACUUUUUUUACAUAAUCGCUUUGUAAGAGAAAGGGCCUGGAAUUAAUGAUAACAUGUUUAAAAUAAAACUUCACUAACAUCUAAAUAUUUGAAAACCUUUGAAAAAAUUCUCUAAUUCCUUCUAACAAUAUUUCCUGGUUUAUAAAUAGUAAAAUUAUAAAUACUAAAAUGGAUAUUAUCUAUUUAAAAUGUUUAGUCUUUAAAAUUAACUGUUGUGAAGGAAUUAAUAAUAAUAACAGCCAUUCCCUAGUAUAAAUGGAUAAUUGCCAUGGCUGAUAGGAUUAAACGCAAUAUAGAAAUACAGGUAGUCCUCAACUUAUGACUACAUUUGAGCCCAAAAUUACCAUUGCUAAGCAAGAC